GGGAGUCUUUUUAAAGCUUCCUUGUGAGCGCGCGAGGCUUCUCUUUCAUCUCGCUGUUUCCAUUUGCUUUUCAGCUCACGCAAUCGAUCAUCUUCGUCGCUAAUUUCGAGAUUUUGCAGCAGAGGCUUGAUAGAGGUUUGUGGUAUGAAUUGAAGGGUUUUUUUUUUUUAAGAAUGGCGGAUAUCUGCUGCGGAGUGGUGAGUGAGAGCGAGGCAUCGACACCGUGUGAACAGAGCUCGCGAGCGGCUAGGAGGAGGAGAAUGGAGAUCAGACGGUUUAAAUUCGUCUCCGGCGUUUCUUCGCCGGAGACGGAGAACGGGCCGAAGCGGCAGAAGGUAGAGGUUUAUUCUCGGGACUGCUGGAACGCGGUGGAGAACUCGGAUUCGGAGGAGGAAAAGCAAGUGCUUGUGGCGGACACUGGAAGAUCCGAGAGCAAAGACAUUUCAAUUUCGAAUCAGUCUUCGAAUAAAUCAAUUUCGACGGGGAGUCUCUCGCCGUCGACUCCUGUGGUUCCAGAGGCUUCCAGGGAGUACCCGAAGUUCGGCGUUGCGUCGGUGUGUGGAAGGCGGAGAGACAUGGAAGACGCGGUGGCAAUCCACCCUUCGUUUUGUCGCCGAGACGCGGAAACCGCCACUGAAUUGCAUUACUUUGGAGUCUACGACGGCCACGGUUGCUCUCAUGUGGCGACGAAGUGUAAAGAGCGGUUGCACGAGCUGGUGAAGGAAGAGUUAGAGAGCAAGGAAGAAUGGAAGAGCGCGAUGGAGCAAAGCUUCUGGCGCAUGGACAAGGAGGCGAUUACAUGGAACGAUACCGUUUUGGGAGCCAAGUGCAGGUGUGAGCUCCAGUCUCCCGAGUGCGAUGCGGUUGGAUCCACUGCGGUCGUUGCCAUCGUAACGUCCGACAAGAUAAUCGUCGCCAACUGCGGCGACUCCAGAGCCGUGCUUUGCCGGAACGGCAAGCCUGUUCCUCUCUCGUCUGAUCACAAGCCGGAUCGUCCGGACGAGCUGAACCGGAUCCAGGCCGCCGGUGGCCGGGUUAUAUAUUGGGACGGCCCACGGGUUCUCGGAGUUCUCGCCAUGUCAAGAGCCAUUGGUGAUAACUAUCUGAAACCCUACGUGAGCUGCGAGCCGGAGGUGUCGGUCACGGAUCGAACGGCGGAGGACGACUGUCUGAUCCUGGCGAGUGACGGGCUGUGGGACGUGGUGUCCAAUGAAACGGCGUGUGGGGUGGCGCGUAUGUGUCUUCGAGGUAAGGCUCACGCGCCCCUGUGUUCGCCGAUGGAGGAUGAAGUAGCUACGUCGGAGACGUCCGACAAGGCGUGCUCGGACGCGUCGAUGUUGCUGACGAAGCUGGCGUUGGCUAGGCACAGUACUGACAACGUUAGCGUGGUCGUGGUGGACCUUAGAAAGGCCACGUAACCAAACGCCAUGGAUUAUUGUGGGUUUUUCUUUUUCUUUUUUAUAUAAUGUAUAUUUUUUUAGUUUUAUUUCAGGGGAGUGGGGUAGUGUUUUCACUGUUUUGUUGGGAAGGAGUUGAAAUGGUAGAAAAGGAGUGAGGAAUGGACUUGGAAAAUCGAUACCAAUAUUGGUUUUUUUUUUUUUU